AUGGAAAUGGAGUUGGGGAGUAGUUUUGGCUCAACCUAUCAACAAAAUCCUUCUAAUGACUGGCAAUGUUUAAAUAAUUUUCUUAAUUGCUUACAAACUAGCCAAGGACAAAAAGUUUAUUUAGGACCUGAGGGAAAGAAAACUAGUGGUGGAGGAAAUAAAGAAAAUAGUGGUAAUUCAGGCUUUAAACAAAGUGGUGGUUAUCAUGACGGAAAAGAUUGGUUUAAUAUUCACGAAGACUUUCAUCCUCAGUUAGAAAAUUAUAAAUUCUUACCUACUCCUGAUAAAUUUGUUAAAAUCAAAGAGCAAUUUAUUAAUGAAGUUUGGGGAACUCUCGAAAAACAAAACUACUAUCUAUUAAGAAGCAAAAAUAACACCUUUACUAUUAUUCUUCAAAAUCGGGGACAAUAUGAUUUUGCUGACCCUCGAAUUGUGUUAUUUUUUGGUCGGAAUACUAAUGACUCUGAAAGCAAAAGAAAAAAUGAGAAAGCAGGACGGAAAGGACAAGACGAGCAUAUUUGUCCAGCUUGUAAUAAUUGCUAUGAUUUUUGUGGUGAUUUAAGAAAUAAGAGAGCUGUUCCAGUUGGCUAUCUUAAACCAAGUUAUCCAAAAUGGCAACCAAAAGUUAAGUUGCUUUUCUCUUACACUCCAACAACUACUUCGGGCAGUGAACCCUCAGCUGUCGUUAUUACUGAUGAUGAAUGUAAGAAGUGUAAAAAUGAAAACCCUAACUGUGAACAUGAAUAUACUCCCGUGUUAGCUGUUCCUUCUAAUAUUCAUCUACAAAAAUAUGUUGAUAAUCAAAACUUUCUCGAAGGACUUUUAAAAGAUUGCACUAAACCACUUUUAAUAUUUCUGGUUGACGGGGGAGAUAGUUCAGACCCAGUUGGACACAAAGGAAAAGACAACAGCACCCAAAACAUAGUAGAAACACCUCAUUUAUUAAAUCACAGUUCAGCUCAAUUUUACUUUCAAAAGAAGUUGUUAUUUACAGCUAAUUUAAAGCAUUUGUAUGUCAGAAGGAAAAAUCCUGGUUGGGUUUUGGGUUAUCGAAUAUUAGUUAGAAUCCGUGGUUCGGUAAUUAAUGAAAGUUUUAUUAGUCAAUUGACCAGUUCUGUUUUACUUGGCUUUGUGAAAAAAGGAGGAAAGAUGUUAGCUAAUGGAAUAGCUUCUUUUGUUCCUGGUGGGACAUUAUUUAAAAAAGGCUUCAAAGCAAUAACAAGUCUUUUUGGUGGUAAGAAAGAUGACAAGAAAGAAGGUGAUGGAGGAGGUGAUUUAAAAAAUAUUCUGACCAAAGAAAAAUAUGAGAAAAUGUUGACUAAUCCAUUUUAUAUUCGUUUUGAACAUAGUGAAGCAUUAUAUAAUAAUCUAGCCAAUAACAACAAUACUUCUCCUAUUCAGAACAUUCAAAAUCGUUUUAGUGCUUUUAAGCAAUAUACUUUUAAUAGUGGCACGGUUCCUGGACAAGAGGAUGUAGAUAUUAUUCCUGGGGAAAGCAAAAAAGAUGAAGCUACUUCUCACGACAACAUUACUAAACAUGAUAAUCGGGUGUUAUUUAUUGAAAGACCUUAUUGUAAAAACUCUGACGGAGAUAAUGUGCUAGAACACAUUUUACCUCAAACACCUAAUUUCACAGGUGGAGAAGGAAUACAUGAAGCUAAAAGUAAUGUAGUUCUAACUUUGGAAAUGAAAGAAGGAGGUGGGAAAGGUAAAGGAGAUGGAGUAGUUUAUUUCUCAUUAGAAAGUGGUAGUGAAGACCAAAUUAUUCACCGAUUUAAGUUUGAUCGACAACAAGCCGAACGAGAAAAAGAUUAUGAAGCCAAAGAAUAUGAUGAACCAGAAUGA